AUGAAAAAGAAAUUUUACAAAAAUAAAAAGAUACAAAUACUAGAGAGCAGAAUGUUCCAAGAUAUGAUUAGACCUCUAUGCACAAUUCUCUUUAUUGAAGCAUCUGAUAAUCUCACAGAUCCAAAAAAAUGAUUGAAAAUAACCCAUUCUCCCUUAAGAAAAAAUAAUGUCCUACCCGUUCAAGUUGAAGAGGAAAUUAUAAUUCCCAAAUCCAAGAAGAUUGUGCGAAAAAAUAAUAAGAAAAAAUUUUGGAUUCAUCAACAUUUCAGGAAUUGGAAAAGACGAUCUAUCACGAAGACAAUUAAGAAAUGUUAUGAUCGAAAACGAUAUUACUAUCUUAGGAAUAGCAGAAACUUGAUUAAAAGAUAA